AUGGCAUCACCAUUGCCGUUACCCAAAGAUAUCCUUGCCAAAGUCAGUAGGCAUAAGUAUCAAACGUUACUGGACAGGAAGGACGCUUACAAGCAGAUUUGGGUGGUACCCAAAGACGUGCAUAAGACAUUGUUCCACACGCCUAUGGGGACUAUGGUUAGUCACGUAAUGCAGCAAGGGGACUGUAACGCAGGCGCAACAUACCAAGCGCUGAUGAACCAUAUCUUUGCACCAUAUAUAGGGGUGUUCAUGUUUGUAUACCUUGACAACAUAGUAAUAUUCUUGGAUAUGUUAGAAGAACAUGUGAAACGUAUACAUACCAUAUUGGGAGUACUCAAACGCAAACAGCUAUUCCUGAGCCCAAGUAAGAUGCAAUUCCUUGCAGAAGAAUUGCGUAUACUGGGGCAUAUAGUUGACAAGAAGGGGAUCAGAAUGGACCUGCAUAAAGUCAACUUGGUGUCCAAGUGGAAGACGCCUGAAUCAAAAGAACAAUUAGCUAGCUUCCUAGGUGCGGUUGGAUACCUAGCACCAAACUGCCCAGGCAUUUGCAUACCAAUGGCACUGUUGGCUAAGAGAGCAAGCAGUGACACGCCUUUCAGAUGGGGGGGUACCAAGGAACGCGCCUUUUGUGAUACAAUUAGGUUGGUGGAAGAGUUCUGCAAUAGACAUUGCGUGGCAUUGAGAUACAGCAAGAUUGAGCCCCCAAUAUAUCUAAUUACAGAUGCUAGCUUGACAGGGGCAAGCGGACUAGUAAGCCAAGGCAAAGAGUGGCAAAUGGCGCAAGUAGCUGCGUUCUGGUCCGCCAAGUUCACCAUGGCUCAACAGAACUACUCAGUCACAGACCGGGAAGCGUUAGCUGUGGUGUGCUCACUAGAUAAAUUUGGACCGUUACUACACAGGGUCAAGUUUACAAUACUCAGCAACCACAAGGCGCUUGAGUACCUACAGACUCAGAAGGAUCUCAACCUGCAACAGGUACAAAUGGCGGAGAAACUGGGUCAAUUUAACUGUACAAUUAAAUACAUCAAAGGAUCAAAAAACGUCCUUGCGGACGCCCUAUUGCGGAUGUAUAGUGAGGACAAGAAAGGCACUGAACGUGCAGAAAGUGAGUUUGUGCCAGACUACAAGGAGGAAGACGGCAUACGGGACGCAUGUGCGCAUAACCCAUCAGUGACCCAGCCAGUAGUGACCGGAAUGGCGGCCAAGGUGGCAAGCAAGAGCCAGACCACAUUGGCAGGUGUCCGACAGAACCUGGAGCGCAAAAGAGUGGCCCCAGUUUGCUACAACCCGGAAAUACCAGGAAGAGCAGGGCAAAGGACCAUGGCACCAUGUAACCAAGGAAAUGAGUGCGUGAAAGAAAAUUGGAACCCCAACAUACGUGAUGAGUUUGUUGGGGAACAAAUUGCGGAGGAGGACCCAAGAGAAACCAAGCCCAACAAAAGAUAA